AUGAAAUACCUCGUCUGGGUCUGUGGCUUAGCGGCACCCGAAUACGCCGACAUUCGUACUCACGCUCUACGCAAGCUGAAGAAUAAUCCUGGAACUACGCUGAGGGAGCUCAGCGCUGAAAUUCAACAACUUCUAGAUAUUCGGCAGGACGCCACACUUAUGUGCAGCCCACCGUCACCAACUGCACCCCCACCCGAAAUCAACGUGGUGGAGGCCAAGAAGGGCCAGAACAGAGAGCCGCCUUCGCCAUGUUUCCGCUAUGGAGGACCCCACUGGGCGAAGGAAUGCGACUUCAUCGAAAAAUGCUGCGACGCAUGCAAGCGUGUUGGACACAAGGAGGGAUUCUUUAGGAAUUUGAACAGAAAGAGCUUCCAACCUGAAGAAAAGCCGAAAAAGGUCCGACCAAGUCUCCAUCGCCGCCUCUGCCACUGCCGACAUAGCUUCAAUCAGACGCAUCUACCGGACUGUCAAGAUUAA